AUGGCACCAAAUUCAAACCCGCGUUAUCUCAAUUACCCCGAUCCAGUUGAACUGGAAGAAAAUACGGAGGAAUCCAAAUACACAAACCCUCCAGCAAACAACCCUGUUGUGUCCGGUCUGACACUUGAAAUUCUAUCGGCAGUUAUCUCCAAUGUUGGCUUUAUCCAGCGAUUAUUCUGGACCAAUGCCGAUUUUGGAGUUUUCAGAAAUCUUAAGGUCUUAGAGCGCUAUCCGAAUCCAUGCUUUGUUCCGUCAAUAGUCCCGAAGGGGCCUGACGAUGUCAUUGCCUCUGGUGAAUUGGACGCGGUUCAAGCUCCAGCCGAUACGGCGUUUUACUCAUCCGCUGACUUCGUCAAGCUGUACUCUGAGCGCAAAGCGACUCCCACACAAAUUGCUCAAAGAUUGCUGGAUAUUGUUUCUCAGGAACCACAUACAGCAGCGAUCAGCCAAGUUAUCCCUGAUCUCGUCCUAGCUGCCGCCGAUGCAUCAAGUAAGCGCUAUGCUACUGGUGCCACACUAGGGCCUUUGGAUGGCGUUCCUUUCGUGGUUAAAGAUGAGGUUUAUAUGCAUGGAUACCUCACACAAUGUGGAAGUGCGAGAGUUUUCGACAAAGGCGAGGGUUCUACCUCUUGGUGCGUUAAGAAACUCGAAGAUGCAGGGGCGAUCAUGAUCGCGAAAGUCUCUAUGCAUGAAGUUGGCAGUGAUACGACCAAUUGCAAUCCUGUUCGGGGUAAAACGCCCAGAAACCCGUAUAACCGCAAAUUCUACACUGGUGGUUCGUCCGGUGGCUCAGCCUAUUGCGUUAGCGCGGGUAUAGUCCCAAUCGCCGUUGGAUGUGAUGGUGGUGGCUCGAUCCGAAUUCCUUCAAAUUAUUGCGGUAUAUACGGAUUGAAGCCAUCCGCGGGGAGAGUUUCAAUAUCCCCAACCCCCAAUCUCACUCCUGGAAAUGGUGUCACCGGUCCUAUGUGUGGUACGAUUGAAGACCUGAAGAUUGUAUAUAGAAUCAUGGCUGUGCCAGAUCCGGGAGAGGCAACUUCCUCCUCAUUUCCGGUGCACCGAAAUCCCCUGGCACCACUUACCGCACAGAAAAAGAAGCUUAUCGGAGUUUACAAGAAGUGGUUUGAUGACUGCUCGCCACAAGUUCAUAAGAUCGUUUGGCCUGCUGUAGAAGCCCUCGAGAAGCAAGGCUAUGAAAUUUUUUAUAUUCCUUCAAUCCCGUAUUUGAGUAUCGCUCGACGAGCUCACGGUCUGAGCAUUAUCACUGAUAUGGCGGCUUCUUUGAAUGGGGAUGUGACAGGACUCACCGCACCUAAUCGUGUAUUGUUUUCUGUUGCAGCUCAAACGCCUGCAAUCGACUUACUCGCAGCCAAUAGAGUCCGUGCCAUGAUGGUGAGCCAUUUUGCAUCUGUGUGGCAGAAGCACCCUGGAAUGAUCAUUGUCACUCCUGUUGUACCAGACGUGGGGGCAGAAAUCAACGAAGGCCAUUUGAAAUAUGGUGUGAGUGACGGUGACUCGAGCAUCCGGAGCAUGAAGUAUGUUUCCGUUGGGAAUUUCAUUGGAGCACCGGCGACCAAUUCAAUUGUUGGAUAUGAUGAUGAUACUAGCCUACCCGUAUCUCUCAUGGGUCUCGCCGAAUGGGGUAAGGAGGAAGAUCUUCUCGGAUGGUCUGCCGAAGUGGCUCAAGCGACCGGACUUGUGAGGAAGAGGCCGGCGAAUUGGGUUGAUGCUUUGGCUCUUUAA